UCUUCAGCAGGAAUGUCCCACUUGGCAGGAUCGAUCAAGGACGGCGAGUACACCAAAGUAAUAUAUACAUUAAUCAAGGAAGGUCACUACAAAGAGGCUAUUGUUAUCCUCAAUGAACAACUCCAGUCCAGCCCCACGUCUCGCGCCGCACUCUCGCUUCUUGGCUACUGCUAUUUUCACGUCCAAGACUUCGUCAACGCCGCAAAUUGCUACGAACAGCUGGCCGCGAUUUUUCCGGAAAAUCCCGAGUACAAACUGACGUACGCCCAAUCUCUAUAUCAGGCCUGUCUCUACCAGGAGGCCAUGAGAGUGAGCUGUCAGAUCGAAGACCCCGAGUACCAGCCCCACGUGAUCAAACUCCAAGCCGCCAUCAAGUACGGCGAAGAUGAUUUAAGUGGCGCUAAAGGUCUCGUAGAACAAUUCCAACGUGACGACCCCGACACCGAAGUGAACUUGGGCUGUUUGGCGUACAAAGAAGGCAGGUACGACGAGGCCUGCUCCAGGUUCACGACCGCAUUGCAGACGGAAGGCUACAAUGCCCACCUGUCGUACGCUGUAGCUCUCUGUCACUACCAACGGCAACAAUACGCACCGGCGCUACAACAUAUCGCCGACAUCAUCGAACGUGGCAUUCGGGACCACCCCGAACUCAGCGUCGGCAUGGCUACGGAGGGCAUCGACGUAAGGAGCGUCGGGAACACGGCCACGCUUCACGAAACGGCUCUCGUGGAAGCGUUCAACUUGAAAGCGGCCAUCGAGUACCGUCUACAGAACGCGGAAGCCGCGCGCGAGGCUCUCACGGACAUGCCACCACGCUCGGAGGAAGAACUGGACCCAAUCACGCUCCACAACCAAGCCUUGCUGAACAUGGAAAAUUCGCCAGCAGAGGGCUUCGAGAAACUCCAGUUUCUAUUAUGCCAACCGCCAUUCCCGCCUGAAACGUUUGGUAACUUGCUUCUGCUGUACUGUCGCUAUGACUACCACGACUUGGCUGCCGACCUGCUGGCUGAAAACGCUGAACUCUCUUACCGUCACCUGUCGCCGUACUUGUAUGAUCUGUUGGAAGCUCUCAUUGCUGCACAGACCUGUCCCGACGAGGCUUACAGUAAACUGGAUGCCAUGGCAGCGAAGCAGACGGAAGUUCUCCGUCGGCUCAAGAGGAAGGUUCAAGAAGCCCAGCAAGGCGGUAAGGACGCGGCAGUAAGGGAAUAUGACGCCGCGCUGGAACGCUACCUUCCGGUGCUUAUGGCGCAGGCGCGCCUGUUCUGGGAUGCAGGGCAGUAUGGUCCCGUGGAACAGGUCUUCCGGAAGUCCGUCGAGUUCUGCAACGACCACGACGUCUGGCGGCUGAACGUGGGUCACGUGCUCUUCAUGCAAGACAACAAGUUCAAAGAAGCCGCAGGGUUCUACGAACCUCUGGUACAGAAGAAGUUCGAGCGCAUCUUGGACGUCAGUCCCGUGGUCUUGGCGAACCUGUGCGUGGCCUAUAUCAUGACGAGCCAGAAUGAGGAAGCGGAAGAACUCAUGAGGAAGAUUGAAAAGGAGGAAGAACAGUUGGCGUACGAAGAUCCAGAUCGAAAAAUCUUUCAUCUAUGCAUCGUCAAUUUAGUGAUCGGAACGCUGUACUGCGCCAAGGGGAACUACGACUUCGGCAUUUCGAGAGUGAUCAAAAGUUUGGACCCGUUUCCGAAAAAGUUGGGAACGGACACGUGGGGAUACGCGAAACGGUGCUUCUUGUCCCUCCUGGAGAACCUGGCCAAGCAGGUGAUCCUGAUUAGCGACGCGGUCUUGCAGGACUGCCUGCUCUUUCUGGAUCAGUGCGAGGCCCACGGAAGGGACGUUCUCGCAGCUCUGGAGCCCCCGUUGCACGACCGCGCGCUGCAUCCUGGGAGGAACACAGUGGCGUACGAAGCGAGACAGCUGAAAGCGCUUGUGCUAAAGUUGGCGGUGUUAAAUUAAGAAAAAAUGGGGGUAGAAUAAUACAGGGGUAGAGGUCUUGUUCUGCUACAAUAGACCUCUCCCUGUUUGUAAACAAAUGAACGUCAUAGUGGUCGACAGCGCCACCAAUUUGGUAGAGUUGAACUACGCUCGAAGCUAGAGGCGAAGAAGGUCGCGCCCGAAAACCACGGUCUUGUGGGGAUCACUCAAACGGACGCGACCUUCGGUCCUACUUUUCUUUCAGUAGGAGGCAGCGAACAAGUGCCCAUUCGUGGAACCCAGCACUCCCCUGCCUGAUUUGUUCCGGUUUCAGUUUGUCUACCAACGUCGUGAUGACGUUUCUCGGGUAGAGGUCUAUUGUAGCAGAACAAAAUGUAUGUGCACGUCGCGUCGCAUGCGGGGGAUCUCACAGUCGCUAGAGGAUCUGCCACCAUUAUGAACAACGACGUUGUAUCGUACCUGAUAGAAACCGGAUGAGCAUAAAAAUAAUAUGCAUA